AAGAUAUUCCUGGCUUACCCUCUAUUCUCGUUUGACCCGAGCAAAAUGCCUGCAACGCAUUUGGACUGGUUCAUGAAUUACCAGAGCAAGCUGCCUCUGCCCAAUUGGGCUUUGCUUGCAAUGUCUCUUGUUGUCCUAUAUUUGGGUGUCCGUAAAUACGGGCUACAAAUCAUAGAGGCAGUGAUCUCGUGGCUCCUUAGCACAUUCAAUACCGGGACCCUAUCGAAGGGAAAACAGAUUUCGGGUCCAAAAUGGCAGUAUCCCAACGGCACUGUCAUAGAGCGGUUCAUCAACGGACGAGCCAACUCGGAGAAGUGGCGAAAGUAUGGCCCAGUGUAUCGAGUAUGGAAUGGGACACACCCGGAGAUUGUCAUCACCACCCCAGAGGAUCUGAAGCACUUCAGUUCCGACGCCAAUGAUCACCCGAAGAACCACAAUAUGAACUUGGGCUGGUUUGUUGGAGAGCUCCUCGGCCAGGCCAUGGGCCUUCUCUACGGGCCAGACUGGAAGCGUCUCCGCAAGAUCUUCGACCCGGCCUUCACGCACAGCGCGGCUGUCUCUCGAAUUAACGUGGUAGACGAGGCCGCUCGUAAAUAUGUCGAAGAGUUACCUCUUCAGGCAAAAGAGGCCGAAAACAACCUGGGCCUGACACACAGUACGACUUGUGAUGCUUCGUCAUUCACUCUGCCGGUGCUUCGGACCUUCACCAAGUUUCCCUAUUUCCUCACUGCGCGUGCUAUCUACGGGCCUAUGACAGAGGAGGAGGAGAAUGACUUGUGGAGCAUUACGCAGAAGAGGGUGUCGCUGAAUCAGUAUUGGGUCGGCGGAGGCCCGUAUCGAUUCGAGACGACUACCAGGUUGUAUGAUGCCCCGGCUUUCCAGCGUCUGAGAGAGUUCAACAAAGAGUGGCGCGAGUACAAUGCCCACUUAGUUGAAGACAGAAGGUUGAAAGGGGAGAGUGUGCCGGUAGUAGCGUACUGGGAGGAAUUUGAGAAGGGAAAUAUGGCCAUGGUCGAGCUCCUUCAGACUUUGGACGAGCUCCUGAUGCUCAACCUCGAUGUCAUUACGCAUGUCCUCACCUGGUUCAUUACCCUUGUCGCCGAGCAUGAGCAAGUCAAGCAAGAGUUGCGCGAGGAAGUGGCCGCGAAUAAGGACAAUCUUCUGGAAUACCUCACCAAGACCGACUCACAUUUGCACCGGUGCUUCAUCGAAUCCAUGCGCGUCCGACCAUUUGCCAUCUUUACAAUUGGCGAAGCUUCAGCUGUUGUGAAGAACUUUCACGGCGUCCUUGUGAAGCCCAAUACCCAAAUUCUUGUGGACGUCCUUGCGAUCAACGUUCGCAACCCAUUUUGGGGCCCUAACAGCGAGUCUUUCGACCCAUCUAGGCUCAUGAGUAUCAAGCAGGCUGAUCUCCGAUACAACCUUCAUUCAUUUGGGAUUGGCAGCCGCAAGUGCAUGGGGCAGUAUGUUGCAGGGCAUAUUUUGAAAUCACUCGUGGUUCAUUUGUUUGACACCUACGAGGUUUCCCUUUUGGAGGGCAACCAGCCACGCACCGGUCACGAAACCAACAAAAAUAGCUGGACGCCCAAAGCUGAGGGGUCGUUGCUGUUGACUAAGCGAGACGGAUGCCUGCAUUGAUUCGUGGCGAGUU